AUGAUUCCAACGAGGUUCACCGCAGGACAAUCGUCCUCCGUUCGUAAAUCCAGAAUCGAAGCCCCUCGUCCGUCAAUGCUGCCAAAGCCUCGCCGACCAGCGUCUACCGACCGGCCAUCCACAGACGCCCGCCGGCCCAGCGCUACAGGCCGGUCCAGCAGUGCCGAGCCUGGUCGUGCCACACUUGCCGUCAACCGCCUCAGCAAGGAUAGUUCUGUUUCCAAGAUACCACCAAAUAGACGUUCAAAAUCCCAGCAAGGUGAUAGAUAUGGACAGUCUUCAAUUACACCUCUUAGAGGCAGCCAAUACCCUAGAACCACAGCUACUCCAGUGAGAACACCAUCAGAGGACCGUUCCAGUCGCAGCUGGCAGAUAUCUGUUGACAGGGCAUUGGCUUUUGUCACUGUUAAAGAUCAAAGGCCAAUUACAAAUGUGGCAUGGCAGCGAGCAGAGUUCGCACGUGUGUCGGAAGCACUUGCGGCGCGUGGUGCGGGUGGUGUUGGUCCACUGGCACUCAUCCGCCCGCUCACCAUUACCCGCUUCGUUGAAAUCUCGGGACAGCUGUUGAACACCAUUAUGCGGGAUGCAAAGCUGAACAAUGACAACUAUGUUGCCAAGUUGCCGAACCUGGCAAAGCGCUUUCUGUACCCGGGAGCGGUGUCCAAGUCGUGGUUGAAGACGGUCAACACGCUGCACGCGUUCCCGCACGCGCUUGCCUUCAUAUCCUACUUCCUGAAUCUCGUAACACAUAUUGAAACGCCCGUAUCGGACGAAUGGCUGUACAACGAAAAAGACGAGCUCGCUUGCCUGCGGCGAGAUUACAUCAACAAAAGUUGGGUCAGGUUUCAGGAGCCGGAGCCGGCGUUCGACGACCUGGUGGCGGAGUACCUGGAGGGCCUGAAGCGGCUGCUCGACUACGACGAGCGGCGCGUCGCGCAGCUGCAGGAGAUAAUCCAGCAGCUGAGCGCCAGCCUCGAGGACCCCGGCGAGCUGGCGGCGCGCGCCGAGGAGGAGCGCGUGCGCGCGCGCAGGGACGCGCUGGCCGCGCGCGCCAAGGGCCUGCGCGCCCGCCGCGCCGAGCUGCGCGCGCAGCAGGAGGCGCAGCGCCUGCACCGCCAGGACCGGCAGGCGCUGGCCAGGGCGCUCGACGCCGACGUCGCCGACCUCACGGAGGAGAUUCAGCAGCUGAAGGCGGCGCUGGCGCAGCAGCAGGUGUCGGUGGAGCAGCGCGCGCGCCUGCUCGACGAGGUGGACUACGCCACGCGCGUGGCCGACUCCAAGCGCACGCUGGCCGACCAAGUCGCCAAGAUGCUGGUCGCCAAGGAGACGGAGCUGGCGGCGUGGCAGAAGCGCACCCUGGACAGCUGCGUGGAGUACCAGCAGGCGCUCAUCCACCUCGCCGCGCACCUGCCGCCGCAGGCCGCGCUGGCCGUCGACGAGAAGGAGCUGAUGGAGCCGGAGUGCGCGGCGGCCGUGGCGCGGGCGGCGGAGGCGCUGCGCGCGCACGCCGCGGCGCUGGCCGAGCGGCGCGCCAGCCACUCGCGCGCCAGGGCGCAGCACACGCAGCGCCGGGCGGCGCAGCUGGAAGAGACUCGUGCGAAGAUAGCAGAAUUAAAAGCGACAGUCGAGCGGGAACAGCAGGCCGCAGAGGCGGACGCGGCACGCGAGACGGCCGACGCCGAGGCGUGGGUCGGCGAGCAGCGGCAGCUCGCCGAGCGGCUCGAAGGGCUGCGGAGCAGCGAGCACGAGUACAACAAGGCCAAGACCGAGCUCGAGUUCUGGGAGGCACAGGACGAAGCGUGGCGUAAGCGCCUCUCGGAGAUGCAAGAAUACAUCGUCAGCUUGCAGCAGCAGCUGAACCACGAUAUGGCGACCGAGCGGAGGCGGCGCGCAGACCUGCUCAAGAACACCGUUAACGAAUUGCACCAAGCUCUCGCGAAGGCCGAUGCCGAGGAAACUGAUGACACCCGCUCCAGAAACUAGGCCCACGCGAAUAACGGACGUUUUGUCUAAAAUAUUUGCCAGUUUGCUGUACUGAAGUCUGUGUCUUAAGCUGGUCUUAUAUCACAAACACUUCAGAGGAACUUUAACGACAGAGCGUACAAUUUUAGAGUUGCACUUCGGAUCACAUGAAUCAAGUAGCGGACGCAAGUCUCGUGAAGUGGAACUAAAUAGAUUUAAAUUAGUUCUCUUGAAUCGUGUAGUUUUAACUGUCAAUACAAUUUUUAACUUUUCAACGAUUUUCGUCUUUCCUUUGUCGUACACGUGCGACAGUCUGCAGUUAAAAACAUUAGUAAUUUAAAAACUGUUUAUUACAGAACAACAUUUAGAAAUGGUGCCAGUUAAAUGGCACGUCGCGCGGAGCCAGUCUUACGUUUCCACAGCUGUGCUCCCAAUUAC